UUGAGCCCUUAGAUUCGCUCCCGUGACGAGAAGAAAGAGACUCACGCAUUCCGCACUCUUCCAGAAAAGAACAUUUGUUUCGUAAAGAUGCAGAUCUUUGUGAAGACGCUGACUGGCAAGACCAUCACCCUUGAGGUUGAGCCCAGCGACACCAUUGAGAAUGUGAAAGCUAAAAUCCAAGACAAGGAAGGCAUUCCUCCUGAUCAGCAGCGUCUGAUCUUCGCUGGCAAGCAGCUGGAAGAUGGACGCACCCUGUCCGACUACAACAUCCAGAAGGAGUCCACUCUCCACCUGGUGCUCCGCCUUAGGGGAGGCAUGCAGAUCUUCGUCAAGACGCUGACUGGCAAGACCAUCACCCUCGAGGUUGAGCCCAGCGACACCAUUGAGAACGUCAAGGCCAAGAUCCAGGACAAGGAAGGCAUUCCUCCUGACCAGCAGCGUCUGAUCUUCGCUGGUAAGCAGCUGGAAGAUGGACGCACCCUCUCUGACUACAACAUCCAGAAGGAGUCCACCCUCCAUCUCGUCCUGCGUCUUCGUGGCGGCAAUUAAUCUGCUCAUGUUUAAUAUAUAAGUCUUGACAGUUAUCAGACCAAUUCCAAUUUCCUUUGUUCCUCUUAAUCAUUGAAUAAAGUUCUGGCAUUCCUGA